UCCUUAUGGCCUUCGUUACUGGGUGAGGGUUCUGCUGGCUGACAUUUGCCACACGCCGUUCAAGAUGCCUGGAACACAUCACUGAUCCCACCCCACGUCUGUGCUUUCCUUUGUUCUCCUCUGUUCCUGGUUGUGCCCUUCACUUCAGCUUCUCCCCUGCACCGUGCAGUUUCACACCAGGACCAUGCCUACAGAUCCAUUCUCGGAGCUCUUGGAAGGGAGGAAGAUCUCUUGGAAGAAACUCCUCACCUUCCUCCUCUUCAGCUUCAUCUUCAGCUUCUGCCUCUUCGCUUCUCUUCGUCAGUUCAGGAGUCCCGAGCCAGAGGAUUACAAUUCCUAUCUUUCCACAGAAAGAUUCCAAACUGGAAAUACCAGCACGCUGCCGAAGGGUGAGCGCAGGCUGACCAUCCUGCUGUGGACGUGGCCCUUCGGACAACGCUUUACUUUUAGCAACUGCUCGAAGCUCUUUGACACCCCGAACUGCCACUUCACCACCGACCGCAGCUGGUCCCAAAAGGCAGAUGCUGUGAUUAUGCAUCACAGGGAUGUGUAUAGGGACGGAGGGAGGCUGGCCCACCUCCCCAGGCUCCCAUCCCAGCGCUGGAUCUGGUUCAACAUGGAGUCCCCAAGUCACUCUCCAAACUUAGGUGCCAUGAACCGCCUCUUCAACCUGACUAUGUCGUACCGGAGAGACUCGGACAUCUUCACCCCCUAUGGGGAGCUGCAGCUGCUCAGCCAGCCCCAGCCCUUCAGCAUCCCACCCAAGACCAAGAUGGUGGCCUGGGUGGUCAGCAACUGGAGACCAAGCUCCCACCGGGUGAAGUACUACGAGGAGCUGAAGAAACACAUCCCCGUGGAUGUGUACGGACGGCAUCACUUGCCCCUGCCCAUGGACUUGCUCCUGCAAACCCUGUCCCAGUACAACUUCUACUUGGCCUUUGAGAACUCACAGCACGAGGACUACAUCACCGAGAAGCUCUGGAAGAACGCCCUGUCCUCUGGCACCAUCCCUGUUGUUCUGGGGCCGCCUCGAGAAAACUACGAGCGCUUCUUGCCCCCUGACUCCUUCAUCCACAUCGAUGACUUUGCCAGCGCCGGUGAACUGGCUCAGUACCUGCAGGAACUGAGCAACGACACCGAGAGGUACCAGCGCUACUUCCAGUGGCGCAAGUGGCUGAAACCUGUGCUGAGCAUCGGCUGGACCAUGCAAGUCUGCAGGGCCUGUCACUUCCUGCACAGGACAGAGGCCAGCUACCACGCUGUGCCCAACCUGUCCAAGUGGUCACGCUGCUGGAAAGUUUACUUUCCAACCGGGGAGCCCCAUUGCAUGGAGAUAAGGGACACAGCCCAGGCUCCCUGCUGCCACCUCCGGACAUCCAGCUUGUCUUCCUGACUGCUGCUGAGCCCCGAGCGGAGGUUUCCAAAGGUCUGUUGUAGCCCCAGGAUGUUUCCACGAGGAAAGUCAGCUCCAAGCCCAGCGAUGCAUACAGAGACACAAUUGUUUUCUCCAUCAGCACCGUUUAGUAAAGAUUUCCAAAGAAUUCCCUCUUCAUUUCCUUGCGCAGUCAUUCUGUGGCUGAUGACCCACCAGCAAGACCUUGUCUUUAGUAUUCUCAGUCUGUUCUUUCACAACCUUUGUCGCCUGUUUUUUUUUCUCUCUGCUUUGCAGGUUGGUUGAAUAUACCGACCAUCACAAGCCUAAGAACAAAUCCUUCGCUCUGAAAUCUGAACUUGUAUCCCUCCUCUAUUUCCCAUCCUUCUGAUGGUACCCGUCUAGACGGGGCCUCACCAACGCUGCUUCAUUUCUUGAAGGGCCUUUGCUGGAUCUUAGCAAAGAAAUUCACACAGAGAAACAUGCCACAUCUUCCUUGGCCGUGUGCUUGCUGACUGCUUCAAAGAGCAAAAUAUUUGUGAAGCAGCCGUCUUUAUUGCCAAAUAUUUGUCCAUCCUUCUGCUCUUGCCUUGCCUGCCUGCAGACACACUUUUCCUUUAGCUCCCGGAUGCACACCGGUGUUCUUCCCAUCUCUAAGCCCUUCAGGUCCUGAGCAGCUGGAGAAAUGGAAGAUGUUUACGCUGUUGACUGAGCCGGGAUAGAUGUGAUUAGAGAGAAGGAAUAUUCCGCAGGUGAGUGGUCUCUUCCUGCCAAGGAAGGGCUGGCAUGGACAUGGCAAUGCCAGGACAAAAUCCAGCACGAGACUUCCCCUUCUCAGUGACACGGAGGCACACACAGGCUGAAUUCCUUAUGGGAUGAGAAAGCUGACACCGCAGUUGGGAAACUCUGGAAGGGGCGACUUCAUCGAAGGAAACAUCUGGACGGCCGCGGGGCCUGGCGCUGGCUUUUCCCAUCUGCACCCACUUGGGAAAAUGCCAUACGUCAGUGUGAGGGGCUCCUUCAGUCUCUCACAGAGGUGAUGUGAAAACACCCUGCUCCCCCCAGACCUCCCCUGCUUUCACCCAAAGGUGAUAGGAGCCAGGCGGAAAUGUUCUCAGCUGAUGCUAUGGGGCAGAGAUGGUCUGAAAAGCAAAGGGAAGAGGUUUGCUUCUCCAAAAGGAGAGCGAGAGGUUGAUCCUGAUGGGAAACUGGGGAAAGAAUAAUUUAAAAAGGUCGAGUUUUUGGAGCAGGAUCUGAGCAGACAGCUGCCAUCUAAGGCAGGAGGUGGUCAGCCUUCCUCGGUGCCAGCUGGCAUGGCAUGGCGCGGGGUUCUGUCCCUCCACUGGGACAUCCCUGUCCCUUCAUGGCCUGGAAAAGUGCAGUGUCCCCUCACUCCAAGUAUUUCCAGUAUCCUAGAAAAUAUCCCCAUGGCCCUGCUGAGCUUCCUACCCAUGGAACCUCUGUUCUGUAGGGCAGCCAGGAGAGGAGAGGAAAGGCAGAGAGUGAGAGAAACACAAAUCCCCAUGUAGUGCAGCACUGCAGUUGGGGAUGGGAAGAGAAAUGGCUGAGACAAACCAAAACCCUGAAAACACAGGAGAUGGAGCCUGACAGCCCCUGCCAGGUUUGUCCUGAGUGCGUAAAGGAACCCGAACCAACCCCAAACUCUGCUUUCCAGCUUUCCCGAGCCUAUGGGCAGACACACGUCCCAUUUCUCAGCCGUUUCCUUUUCUACUUAAAAACAUGAAUACCAAACGUCGGGGCUUUACAGCUGGCACCAGCCACUGAAAAUCCCCCACAUCCAAGCAAGCAACACGCACCUCAGCCCCAAGAACUGGCACUCAAAAUCCCUUCAGCCCAGCGCAGGAGCAUGACCUGUCUGUACGCUGUCGCCUGCAAACAUUAUUUUCUUUCUGGACGAGUCAGAGUUUCCAAGCAGCCCUCUCCAAUUUGAUCAUUAAAACUUCACUUUGUCUUUUUUCCUUUUUUUUUCCUUUUGCUUUUCUCUUCUAUUUUUUACGGGCCGGCCGGCAGCGAGAUGGCAGCUUUUGGAGCACUCGCACCCCCACGGCCCUGCGCACACGCGGGCGCAGACGGAGAUUUAUGAGCCUCAAAAGAUGCUUCGUAAAAUAUUUACAGAGCAGAGCUUCGGGGGCGAGUGGUUGAGUCUGCCACGAGAUGUCAGAUCUCUGGGUGGCACGACGGGGGGAAGAUAAACAGACCUUUUUUUCCAUUCCUGAAAAACCACUGUGAACCUUUUUGGGUUCGGCGGCGUUUUCCUUUCUGCCCACGGAACGAGGCAGACACCUGGGGCCGAGGGGUGGUAAAGAUGGAACGAACAAGUGCUGCUCGGAUGAGUGGUUGAGGGCUGAACUUGGCUGGGAUUCCGAAUUGCAACAUUUCCCCCAAAGCAAAAUAUCAACCACCAUCAUCAUCGUCUUCAUACGGUGGAGCAACAGAAGCGCAGCCAACGCUGCUGCUGACUGCGAGUUGUUUUCCCUUAAAACUUCUCUAACCUCAGCGCUGCUUCCGGAUGAGCAAAUGAAACACGUUUCUGGCUGACCUUAUCAAAACCUCGCGUUCUCUUUCUCCCCUUCUUUCCUUUAAAAACAUUUUUUCUUUUUUUUUUGGACGUGAUUUUGCUAGAAUUGGUUCACCCCUACGGGACGCUUCAGCUUUGAGCCAACCCAAGUGGAAGAGCCUUCACACAGAGGGGAUGAGGACAAUUAUUUCUGUGGCCAAACCAGUACAGACUCAUACGGGCAACAACCCAGCCCUGCUAAUGUUUUAAAUCAGUGAUUUCACAUCAAUAUAUGUUUGUGAUGAUGGAAUGACACAAACAGGGGCUGCUGGCGGACGUGCAUGGAGGUUUCUGCAGGAAAUGGGAAAACAAAGUCAAGCUCCAUCCGCUCUUAGCCUGCAGAGCACCGCAUGGACCCUCUCUGCUCUUCCAAGAGAAAACCCACAUUUCCCAUGCUCAUCCCCACCCCACACUGGGGACGUAAUGCCACUCCGCAGUGACUCGCUCAGAGGCAGCACUAAGAUGAAAACCACAGGGAAAUCGACACAACCACAGAGAAAUCAAUAGAGUUCUCCUUUUAUUUUCACUUUAUCAUGAGUAUGUAACAGCAUCACACCCGAGUUUACGUUUGUUUAAAAAAAAUAAUAUCAUACUGCUUUCUUUCCCCCCUCCCCCCCCCCAA